ACAGUAUCAUGAGUCCUUGCAGCGUAAAAUUUAAAGCUAGCAUCGACCGAAUAAUCAAAAUCGUUAAGUUCAACAAGAUAGAUGUUCGAUACAUCACGCAAUGCAAACUAUCAUCAAAUUAGAAAAGAAUCUUCAACUGAUCAAGUCAAUAUUAGAACGUCGCAAAAACAUCAACAGCUUAUCCUCUGCACAAACUAGUCUUUAUCUUCCAUUAGCGAACUUUGCGCCGGUCGUUGAGCCUGGGAAUUACCGAUUUCCUGCCAGAAGCUGAGACUUCGGGUACUACAUGCGCAAUGUCGAUAGACUCAC